CUCAACUCCGCACUGACAGCAUGGAGGGUCGGGAUGCUCCUCUUGGGCCUUACCGGGCCACCAAGCUGUGGAAUGAAGUAACUACAUCUUUUCGAAUAGGAAUGCCUUUAAGAACACAUAGACAACAUUUAAAAAAAUAUAGCAAUUGUUUCACUGCAGGUGAAGCAGUAGAUUGGCUUUAUGAUCUAUUAAGAAGUAAUAGUAAUUUUGGUCCUGAAGUUACAAGACAACAGACUAUUCAACUAUUGAGAAAAUUUCUUAAAAAUCAUGUGAUUGAAGACAUUAAAGGAAAAUGGGGAUCCGAAAACCUUGAUGACAACAAUCAACUAUUCAGAUUUCCUGCAACUUCUCCAUUUAAAACUCUUCCACAAAGACAUAUAGAAAUCAGAAAAAAUAACACAGAUAAAGAUGGUAUUUUUAAAUUACGAAACUUAUCUCAUAAAACUCCUAAGAAGCAUGGAUUACAGUUCUCUCAGGAAAAUAAAGAAAAGAUAAAUCAUGAAAGAAUAAUCAGUGAAGAUCAAGAAAAUGCACCUGAAAACAGAGAAAUAAGCCAGGAAGAUAUUGAAGAAGUUUGGAGAUACGUUAUUAUGAUCUACCUGCGAACCAUUUUAGGUGUGCCAUCAAUAGAGGAACUCAUAAACCCAAACCAAAUAAUUCCUCAGUAUAUAAUGUACAACAUGGCCAAUGCAAGUAAACAUGGUGUGGUUAUAUUACAAGACAAAUCAGAGGAUCUUCCACACUGGGUAUUGUCUGCUAUGAAGUGCCUAGCAAACUGGCCACGAAGUAAUGACACCAAUAAUCUAACUUAUGUUGGAUUUGAACGUGAUGUAUUCAAAACAGUUGCAGAUUAUUUUCUAGAUCUUCCUGAACCUCUUCUUACAUUUGAAUAUUAUGAAUUAUUUGUUAAUAUUCUGGUUGUUUGUGGCUACAUCAAAAUUUCAGAUAGAACAAGUGGGAUACAUAAAAUCCAGGAUGAUCCAUGGUCUUCAAAAAUCCAUCAUUUAAGCAAUCUGAAUUCCUUCAAAUCAACUGAGUGUCUACUUUUCAGCCUGCUUUACAAAGACAAAAGCAGUGAAGAAUUGGAUUCUACUGAGAGACUACAAAGAAUUGAUCAAGGAUUUCAAGAAAGAUGUGCCAAGAAAAUGCAGCUAGUUAAUUUAAGAAACAGAAGAGCUAGUGCUAAUGACAUAAUGGGAGGAAGCUGUCAUAAUUUAAUAAACUUAAGUAAUACGAAUGCCCUGUCCUCUAACAUCAAACCAAGGUGCUCCUCUUUGGAAGGAAUUAUAGAUAUGCCAAGUAAAAAGAAGACCAGUAUCUUCUACCAGUCUGUUCCGAACAUAGAAGAACAAAAUAGUAAGCAAUCUUUAGUGUCAAUGCCCAAACAUAAAUCCCUAUUUAAUCUUUACUCAGAGGAAAAUAUUCAGCAGCCACACUGUACUGGAACCUCUGCUUUGACUGUUCAAGAUCAAGAAGAAUUAUGUAAUGGAAAAUACAACUCAAAACAGCUUUGUAGAUCUCAGAGUUUGCUUUUAAAAAGUAGUACAAGAAAGAAUAGUAAUAUAAAUAAACCAGUGGCUGAAAUUAUAAUAAAACCAAAUGUUGGACAAGGCAGUACAAGUGUGCAAAGUGAGCUCAGAGAGUCUAGUACCACAAUCAAUAAAAGACUGUGCAAAAGUACAAUAGAACUUUCAGAAAAUUCUUUAUCUCCAGCUGCUUCUGUUUUGACUGGCACACAAAGUUUGCUGCAACCUCAUUUAGAGAGAGUUGCCAUCAAUGCUCUUCAGUUAUGUUGUUUGUUACUUCCCCCACCAAAUCGUAGAAAGCUUCAACUCUUAAUGCGCAUGAUUUCUCGAAUUAGUCAAAAUGUUGAUAUGCCCAAACUUCAUGAAGAAAUAGGUACAAGAUCAUUGAUGAUACAUACUUUUUCUCGAUGUGUGCUGUGUUGUACAGAAGAAGAGGAUCUUGAUGAGCUUCUGGCUUCAAGACUGGUUUCUUUCCUAAUGGAUCAUCAUCAGGAAAUUCUUCAAGUACCCACUUAUUUACAGAGUGCGGUGGAGAAACAUCUUGACUACAUUAGAAAGGGCCAUGUUAAAAAUCAUGGAGAUGGACUAGUUGUUCCUUUGACAACAUAUUCUUACUGUAAGCAGAUUAGUACUAAGGAAUUUGAUGAACAGAAAAUUUCAACUUCUCAAGCUGCAAUUACAGAACUUUUAGAGAAUAUUAUUAGAAGUAAAAGUUUGCCUCUAAAGGAGAAAAGAAGAAAGCUGAGACAGUUUCAGAAGGAAUACCCCUUGAUAUAUCAGAAAAGAUUUCCAACCGCUGAAAGUGAAGCAGCACUUUUUGAUGACAAACCUACAAUCAAGCAACCAAUACUGAAUUUCAGAAACCCAAAGCUUCACAGUCUGCGAUACUAACUUAAAAACUUGAGCAAUUAUUUGUAAUAGCCAGAACCUGGAAACAACCCAGAUGUCCAUCAACAGAGGAAUGGAUACAGAAAUUGUGGUAUUUUUACACAAUGGAAUACUACUCAGCAAUCAAAAACGAGGAAAUCAUGAAAUUUGCAGGCAAAUGGUGGGAUCUAGAAAAGAUGUAUGGAUAUAACCUAGAACCUCUGCGUGGAUGAAGCCCAUGGUAGCUCAGUAACCAACUGGUUUCCCAUAGUAAGCGAUUAUUUCUGACAGGAAUUCAAUGGCAGGCUCUUUGACCUCCCCAUCCCCCAAGGGAGGAGCAGUCCUGCUAGGCCACAGAGAAGGACUUUGUAGCCAGUUCUGAAGAUACCUGAU